CUCUCUUUCUCCACCCGCAUCUCGAGGCGUGCUUUUAUCAUGUCGAAGCAACAUAAAGUCACAGAAUAUCAGGAACGCGUCUACGCAGCGUUGCAGCAGAUUCCAGAGGGCCGCAUCACCACGUACGCUGCCUUGUCGAAAGCGCUGGGCAGCUCACCGCGAGCAGUUGGGGGCGCGUUGCGGGUCAAUCCGUUUGCGCCCGACAUCCCAUGCCAUCGAUGCAUCGCUAGUACGGGGUUUGUUGGCGGCUACAAGGGCGACUGGGAGGAAGCACCUAGCGGGCAAAACCAAACAUCGAAACUGCAACUGUUAAGAGAGGAGGGAGUUUUAUUUGAUACGAAUGGAUUCCUGAUAGAUAAGUCGCAGCUUUGGGAUGAUUUCAACACCGAGAAGUUGAAGUGAGAUGUUAUGGAAGUGAGCGAGGGCCGCGGUGCGCGAGAGUUGAGCUGGUGGGGCAAGUCGAAGCGGGGCAGUCGCGAGGUCAAAAAGUUUAGAUUCUGCGAAAAGGUUCACAGGUGCAAGAAUAACACCAGUUCGCGUUAAAUUAGAGUCAAAUAUAACGAAGACGUGGCGCGCG